AUGUUCAUAACUCGCUGAUUAUUUUCUACUAACCACAAAGACAUUGGCACCCUUUACCUUCUAUUUGGUGCUUGAGCAGGUAUGGUAGGGACUGCCCUCAGUCUCCUAAUUCGAGCUGAACUUGGUCAACCUGGCUCUUUAUUAGGAGAUGAUCAGAUUUAUAAUGUAGUUGUUACCGCCCACGCAUUUGUAAUAAUCUUUUUCAUGGUCAUGCCAAUCAUGAUCGGGGGUUUCGGUAAUUGAUUAGUGCCUCUGAUAAUCGGCGCACCAGAUAUGGCAUUCCCCCGGAUAAACAAUAUGAGCUUUUGACUGCUACCCCCAUCCUUCCUACUCCUACUUGCAUCUUCAAUGGUAGAAGCUGGCGCAGGUACUGGGUGAACCGUGUAUCCCCCUCUAGCUGGCAAUCUGGCCCAUGCAGGAGCAUCUGUAGACCUAACCAUCUUUUCCCUCCACUUAGCAGGUGUCUCCUCAAUCCUAGGUGCCAUUAACUUUAUCACAACCAUCAUUAAUAUAAAACCCCCAGCCCUAUCACAAUACCAGACACCUUUAUUUGUAUGAUCUGUCCUAAUCACUGCCGUACUACUACUUCUAUCACUGCCAGUCCUAGCAGCUGGAAUUACCAUACUCCUAACAGAUCGAAAUCUUAAUACAACCUUUUUCGACCCUGCCGGAGGGGGUGAUCCUAUUUUGUACCAACACUUAUUCUGAUUCUUUGGUCACCCGGAAGUAUAUAUUCUAAUUCUACCGGGAUUUGGAAUAAUUUCACACAUUGUUACAUACUAUUCAGGUAAAAAAGAACCUUUCGGUUAUAUAGGUAUAGUUUGGGCCAUAAUGUCCAUUGGUUUCCUGGGCUUUAUUGUAUGAGCACACCAUAUGUUUACAGUAGGCAUGGACGUAGACACACGAGCAUACUUUACAUCAGCUACUAUAAUCAUUGCCAUCCCAACCGGAGUAAAGGUAUUCAGCUGACUUGCAACCCUUCACGGAGGAAACAUUAAAUGAUCCCCCGCUAUGCUAUGGGCCCUGGGCUUUAUUUUCCUGUUUACCGUGGGUGGCCUAACGGGAAUUGUAUUGGCCAACUCCUCACUAGAUAUUGUCCUUCACGACACGUACUACGUAGUGGCCCAUUUCCACUACGUACUAUCCAUGGGUGCAGUUUUCGCCAUCAUAGGAGGCUUCGUUCACUGAUUCCCACUAUUCUCAGGAUAUACUCUAGAUGACACCUGAGCAAAAAUCCACUUUACAAUUAUAUUCGUGGGUGUUAACAUAACAUUCUUCCCUCAGCAUUUUCUAGGUCUGUCCGGAAUACCUCGACGUUAUUCCGACUACCCAGACGCAUAUACAACCUGAAACACAAUUUCCUCAAUGGGCUCUUUCAUUUCACUGACAGCUGUAAUAUUGAUAAUUUUCAUAAUUUGAGAAGCCUUUGCAUCCAAACGAGAAGUGGCAAUAGUAGAACAAACCACAACCAAUCUUGAGUGGUUGCACGGAUGUCCUCCCCCUUAUCAUACAUUUGAAGAACCGACUUACGUUUCUCUAAAAUAA